AUGACACCUGACAUCGAGUAUUUUUUGUCUCUCGAGGCUGUUCGUGAGAGAUCUCGAAUCGUCUUUGAGGCUGCGAAGAAAGACGAGCUUUCUCAUUUCGACUAUCACGCUGACAAGUUGCCUGAAGCCGCGGCCUAUGUAACUUCUGUGAUUAAUCGUGAUUUCGGCCCUGACAACUUCGAGUCCAUCCCUCCACAUGGCCGCUGGCAACACUUCAAUGUCGGCGGAAUCCCCAGAAUCGAUGACCUGAACCGCCAAUGGAAGAAUGAAGGCUGCAGUGCAAAACAACAGGCCCAAAGAUUGAUCGAUCUGUUCGUCGUAUCUGUUCUACUGGAUGCUGGUGCAGGCGACAAGUGGAAAUUCGUGGAACCUGGCUCUGGACAGGUUUACACCAGAAGCGAAGGCAUUGCUGUGGCGAGUCUGUAUAUGUUUCUGGAAGGUACUUUUUCGACGACAGAAGGGUGUGACCAUAUGGUUGAUGCCAAGGGACUUCAACGAAUUGACGAAGAAACACUGGCCAAAGGCUUCCAAAUCACACCGGAUAAUCCUAUGAUAGGUGUAGGACCUCGCGCCCAGUUACUUUCUCGUCUCGGCGACUCUUUACUCGAGCACUCUGACAUCUUUGGUUCUGAAGGAAGACCUGGCAAUCUCGUCGACUAUGUCGCUCAAACAGCAGAUCCUGGAAGUAGAGUGCUAGAUUACCGCGUCUUCUGGAGGACGCUACAGAGACUACUGAUCCCUAUCUGGUCUAAAAAUCGCACACAGAUUGAUGGCACACCCAUUGGUGACGCAUGGCCUUUGGUAGUUCUCGAAAGACAAAACGGUGGUCAAGAAAUCACGCAGACCAUCCAACCUUUCCACAAACUCACGCAGUGGCUUGCUUACUCGCUCAUGGUACCUUUCGUCAACAUCAUGCGUUAUUCCUGGCGUAACGCAGAGCUCGGCACUGGACUCCCCGAGUACCGCAACGGUGGCCUGUUCGUGGAUCUCGGAGUCCUAACUCUCAAACCCGAGGCGCUGGAGCGCGGUCAACGCAACUCCAGACAAGAUUUACCCAUGUUCAAGGACAGCGGUGAUGAGAUAGUCGAGUGGAGAGCUUUGACAGUAGCUCUUUUGGACGAAGUAUACGCUAUCAUCAAGAAAGACAUGAAUGAGCAGGGUAUGCAAUUCAGUAUGGCACAAAUGCUUGAAGCCGGUAGUUGGAAAUCCGGACGAGAGUUGGCUGCACAGAGAAGGCCGGAGACAAAGUCUAGUCCAAUCUUGAUUGAUGGGGAUGGCACUUUGUUCUGA